AUGGCAACGCUGGCCGCGUCUCCUCCAUCAUCCUCGUCCUGGCCGAAACGAAGACCCCGAGCCUGGGCUCUCCGAUGUGAGCGCUACUGCUGUGCAGCCGCAUCCUACUUUCCCCUCGCAUUUGUUUAUAGUCUCACGACAUGGGCGGCUUAUGUGGAAGCUAGUAUAAGCCUGAAGCCUUCGCAAAGCUCUUGGAUCGGUUUGCCAACUUCGAUCCUCGGCAUAUUUCUCUACAUAUGUCUUAAUGCUUCGUAUACAGUUGCUGUUUUCACAGAUCCCGGAUCCCCCUCCUCGUCUGCCAAAGGAAAUAGUCGGCAUCAAUAUAGCGCCCUACCUGUGACCGAACUUCCCGAAUUUACCGCAUAUACCGUGAGUUCGACGGGCGGGUCCCGAUAUUGCAAGAAAUGCCAGUCUCCCAAGCCGGAUCGCACCCACCACUGCUCUACGUGCAAACGAUGCGUUCUGAAAAUGGACCACCACUGUCCGUGGUUGGCGACCUGCGUCGGGCUCUACAACUACAAAGCCUUCCUCUUAUUCCUUAUCUACACAUCGCUGUUCUGCUGGGUGGAUUUCUUCGUGGCAUCGAUGUGGAUAUGGACCGAAGUGAUCAAUGACACCCGGUAUAUAGAUACAAUUCUGCCGGUGAAUGUCGUCCUGCUGGCUAUCCUGGGCGGCAUCAUCGGGCUGGUAUUGUCGGGAUUUACCGCUUGGCAUAUCAGUCUCGCCGUUCGUGGUCUGACGACGAUCGAGUGCUUGGAAAAGACACGAUAUGUUUCACCCUUGCGAAAAGCGCUGGACCGCCACCGAUUCCCGCAUCAUAGCAGUGGUUCGGGGGACGACCCCAACAGCUUGACCCACCGUCUUCAGGAUUAUGGAAACCAGAUCCUCGACGCCCAUGCCAAUGCGAUCCCGGGAGUGACACGGCCGGAGGAAGGGGAGGAGCGGGCCUCUCCACCUACUUUGCGGUCCGCAGGGGACGACGGCCGUACACCGGCCCAACAAGCGCUCUCCCGGUCCUACGCGGAACUGGAAAGAGAACGUGAACAUGACCGAUACCAGGCCUACCUGCACGAGCAGGAUAAUGAGAAAAUGCCCAACGCAUUCGACCUAGGCUGGCGCCGGAAUCUCCUCCAUCUAUUCGGACCGCGACCACUUCUCUGGCUGGUUCCGGUACGCACGACCACCGGGGAUGGUUGGCACUGGGAACCGAGUGCCAAAUUCAUCCAGGCGCGAGAGGAAAUCCGACGACGCAGGGGGGAGGAGGAAACAGAACAGCAGGAGUGCCAUCGGGAGCUGUACCAGCGCAACAUGAACAACAGCCAGGCGUGGGGAGUCGACGCCCAGCCGAGUCAACCACUGAAUAUCUACCGGGAACCAGAGCGACCGGACACAGGAGUCUCGAUGAAGACGCUGGCUCCGAUGUCCCCGCGACCUCGACCGGGGGAAAGCGAUGACGAAGACCAGGUUGAGGAGAUACAGAAUCUGCUACCCAGCCAGGGCAGUACGAGACGUGCCUACCAGGCGGGUGACCGGAGUCAGGAUGCCAUCAGCAAACCUGACGAAUGGCGGGACUGGGAAUGA